ACUUAAAAGUUGAUGCCCGAGACUUCCAGCCACAUAAUGAGACUGUUAAUCAGCAAGCAAGUCAAUUACACCUUUUUUUUCCUUUAACUAACCCAAAUCUCCUUCACCUUCCAAUUUUCCUCCAUUGUUUGACUGCCAGAUUAUUAUCACCUUUCCAGGACCCAAAAUAAGAGUAUGACAUGAUGAGACCAACCAGGUUUGAUUUAAUUUAUUGGAAAUAAUAACAAUAAUAUUAAAUAAUGCGUUAAGCAUAUAAAGUUUUGGCAUAAAUAGGGUGGUUGAUUGAAGGUUCCUUCUACUACUACUACUUCUUCUUCUUGUCUUCUCUAGCUACCUUAUCAUCAUAAAAACACUAAACGCCCCUCUAUACUCUCUCUACCUUCUUUCUUGUAUCCGUCUUAAUUUCUGUCGCUAUGGCUUCGGAUCACACCAUGAGCUUUCAUUCUUCUUCCUUACACGAAGAGGACUUCGAUGAUGAUGAUGAUGAUCACCAACACCCCCACCCCCACAACUUGUCGAGGCUCUCCGUCUGCACUAGCAGCACCUUUGGCGACAACGACCAUGUUGACAAUCUCGCCUCCAUGUGCGUCUCACACUUGUCCAUUGAAAGCUUUGACGCAGAUGGUGUGUUAUCCUCCGACUCUGAAAACGAAUUGGGGAGUUUUUACUCUCUGCCCUCUACUCCCCCACGAAGGAGGAAACAGGUUAAGGACUAUGCAAGUGACAAUGGGAAUGAAACAAAGAAGAGUGAUCCACGAAGAAGGAGAAGACCAUCAAUGAUGGGGUUUGAGGGAAUGGAGAAGAAGAGUAAGAGGAAAGAGGAGGGGUUUAGUGGGGAGAGUGAUCAAAGUGGUCUCAUGCUCAUAACUAGACCCAAAGGUGGAAUUAGGUCUCUUUGCAUGGACUUGGAGGAAGUUAAGGCUUGUAGAGAUCUUGGCUUUGAAUUGGAACACGAACGUAUGCUUGAGAUCCCCUCUCUUCUCUCUUUCUCCAAUUCCACACUUGACACUAGCAGUGGUAGCAACUCCCCCAUCACCAAUUGGCGUAUCUCUUCUCCAGGUGAUGAUCCAAGAGACGUGAAGGCACGGCUCAAAGUGUGGGCGCAGGCGGUGGCACUAGCAUCUGCCUCAAAAUACGGCACAUGAAUUCGAUUUUCUCCUAAUUCGUACCUGAUUUUUGUUCGAUUAUAGCGUAUCAGUAUAAUAUAAGCCUUUUGUCUUCCCACUUUGAUUGGUUAUAUAAUUUUGUUGUAGAUUUUAGGUUUUUGUUCAUGAGUUUUUUUUUUCACUGGGAGUGUUGAGGUUUCAGGUGGAAGUUCUUUUUUGAGUGAUGGUCACUUUUGCUCUGUACAGGAGUAGUGUUUGAAUAAGAUGAAAAGGCCUUAAUCAGAGAAAGUAAAGUAGCAGUGUGUGAAUAGCCAAUGAAAAUAUGUAGUACAAAAAUGUAAAUGGCCAAAGAAAAAAGAAGGGUGAAAUUGUUGUGGGAAUUUUUGGAUUCAUAUUAGCAUGUUUGGUUAUGGUUUUAUUUGUCGUAAACUAUAUGAAAAAACAUGGCCAGAGAGGCAGAGACA